ACAAGAACUAGAAAUCGAUUGGUGUGCUUUUGAUGACAGACAGCAGAGGGUAGAAGAACAAACAGAAGGAGUGGAAGCAAGAAAGUAUUGAAAGGAUUGAGGUGUAACUGCCAACACAAUCAAAGUACUAACCAAAAGCUCCUGAAAUACCCCUCAGGAUGGCUGAUCAAUGGGGAGAUGCUGUUUUUGCAGCCAGGCGACGGGGUGAUGACACAACGCGGGAGGCAGCCUUCACCUACACCAACAGCAAUAACACCAGAGACCCAUUUGAGGGACCCAACUACCACAUUGCCCCAAGAUGGGUGUACAAUCUUUCUACAAUGUGGAUGCUUUUUGUGGUCCUUGCCUCAACCUUCACCAAUGGCCUGGUACUAGUGGCCACAGCCAAAUUCAAGAAGCUCCGCCACCCUCUCAACUGGAUCUUGGUCAACCUUGCUGUGGCUGAUCUUGCAGAGACACUAUUUGCCAGCACAAUCAGCGUCUGCAAUCAGUUCUUCGGCUACUUUAUCCUUGGACACCCAAUGUGUGUUUUCGAAGGCUUCACAGUUGCUACUUGUGGUAUUGCUGGUCUGUGGUGCCUGACAGUCAUAUCAUGGGAGAGAUGGGUGGUGGUGUGCAAACCUUUUGGUAAUGUGAAGUUUGAUGGCAAAAUGGCUACUGCUGGGAUUGUCUUCACUUGGGUCUGGUCUGCCCUCUGGUGUGCGCCUCCCAUCUUUGGAUGGAGCAGGUACUGGCCUCAUGGUCUAAAGACCUCUUGUGGACCUGAUGUGUUCAGCGGAAGUGAAGACCCUGGAGUCCAGUCCUACAUGAUUGUGCUGAUGAUCACCUGCUGCUUCAUCCCCUUGGGUAUUAUCAUUCUCUGCUACAUGGCUGUGUGGUGGGCCAUUCGCACCGUUGCCCAGCAACAGAAAGACUCAGAAUCCACACAGAAAGCUGAGAAGGAAGUAUCCAGGAUGGUGGUGGUCAUGAUCCUUGCCUAUUGCUUCUGCUGGGGUCCUUACACCUUCUUUGCCUGCUUUGCAGCUGCUAACCCCGGCUAUGCCUUCCACCCACUAGCAGCAGCCAUGCCUGCCUACUUUGCCAAGAGCGCCACAAUCUACAAUCCAAUUAUUUAUGUCUUCAUGAACCGACAAUUCCGUACAUGCAUCAUGCAGCUCUUUGGAAAGAAGGUUGAUGAUGGAUCUGAGGUGUCUACAUCCAAGACAGAAGUCUCCUCUGUGGCACCUGCAUAAAGUAACAAUUAUACCUCAUAAAUUUGAUUCAAGUCUUGGGAACGUGGAAAACAAGCUCAAAACUGAACUUUUUAUAUUCCUUGUAUCUUUGACGUUUUCGUAAUAGUUUUUCUCUCCAUUCCUUUUGACAGAGUGUGAUGGAAAAAAAACUUGUAAUAUGACAGUGUGUGUAAAAGCAUUGAUUACUCAAAACUGCUCAGUCUGAUGUUGAAUAGCACCAGAGUUUAUUUAUAACUCUGGUUAACAAUAUUCUCUCACCAACAUACAUGACUGGCUGGUAAACUGGCUUCCAAGUAGCGUUCAUGAAUAUAUAAUACACAUUUUAUAAUAGUGUCAUUCACUGUUGGUGGUACAUGAAAAAGUAUUAAGCGCAGAUGCAAUUAUGUUAAAUGUUAAUACAGACAAUGAGUUUUGCCUUUACACAGCACUGUGAGUCAACACAAAGGAAUCUAUGCUGAUGAGCGAAUCACCUCUGGGGUGAAAUCACUUGUGACUUCAUACCCGCUCAUUGUGUAAUACCACUAAUGUAACUUUAAAUACCUUUUGUAGCCAUCUUGCAUGAAAACAAAAAUUACAAAAAAACUCAAUAGAUAUACGCUUAUGUACAGUAUAUAAUAUGAUUCUAUUUUUCUUGUGAUGAAAAUAAAUGCAGCAAAUUGAAAACACA